AUGCUGAGCGUGCUGCUGCUCCUGGGGGGCCUGGCCCCCGCCCUGCCCGCUGGUCCCCACGGGCAGCAGCACUGGCACGAGGGACACCCGGAGUGCGGGGGCCGGGCACAGUCACCCAUCGACAUUGGCACGGCGUGGGCACAGCCGGACCUGUCCCUGCCGCCGCUGCAGCCCGAGGGCUACGAGCACCCCGAGAGCCCCCGGCUGACCCUCGCCAACAACGGCCACACCGCCGUGCUGGCCCUGCCACCGUCGCUGCGGCUCCGGGGGCUGCCUCACACCUUCACUGCCGUACAGCUCCACUUCCACUGGGGCCGGCCCGGCCACGCCGCCGGCGCUGAGCACCUGCUGGACGGGCACCGCGCCCCCGCCGAGAUGCAUGUGGUGCACUUUGACGCCGAGCGUUUCACCGACGCCAGCGCGGCGCAGCAGCACCCCGGCGGGCUGGCCGUGCUCGGCGUCCUCCUGGAGGUGGGAGAUGACCCCCACCCCGCCUAUGACAACAUCCUGAGGCACCUCGGCAGCAUCCGCUACGCAGGGCAGACAGUGGCCAUCCCCAGCUUCAGCAUCCGGGACCUGCUGCCCGUGCACCUCGAACGCUACUACCGGUACAACGGGUCCCUGACCACCCCACCCUGCUUCCAGAGCGUCCUCUGGACCCUCUUCCCGCAGCCCGUCCGCAUCAGCCGGGCCCAGCUGGAGCAGCUCCAGGGAAGCCUUUACUCCACGGAGGAGGCCGAGCCGGAGGAGCCCCAGCUCCUGGUGGACAAUUUCCGAGCCCCGCAGGAGCUGAACCAGCGCCUGGUGCUCUCGUCCUUCCCCAGGGAGCCAGAAGGAUAUUCCACAGGUGAGAUCAUCGCCAUCAUCUUCGGCGCAGUCGCCGGCUGUGUCGGCCUCUUCCUCGCCGCCUACUUUGGGGCCAAACGGAUGCGGUGAGACCCCCCCACCCCCUCCGAGGGACCCCCACUGCAGGGGGCCCCGAGCUCCAUGGAGAGACCCCCUCCCCACCCUGGUUUCUGCCCCAGCAGUGCGAGGCGGGCGCAGGCACAGGACGUCGUGUUCAAGGCCUCCUCCCGCCGCUCCCCCAUGGACACCGGGCACUCCCGCUGA